UAUCAUUAUCGGGGACGCUAACUCGAGUGGGUAGUCCGCGUCUGCCUGCUCCUGGAAGAGCCGUUCCCGAGACAAGUCUCAUCUUUACCGUCUACAAACCACCUGCCGAUGUGACAAUAGAUGGCUUGCCUCUUACGAAAAUGUUGGCUGUUAGCAGUCGUUCUCCUCCUCUCUCCAUGGCUAGCGCAAGCAGAAGAAUUGAGCUUGGCAGCCAGUCUUGGCCUCGACCCAAACACGGUGAUACUUGACCCCUUCAAUCUAGAGCCGGAGGUUAGGCUGCCGUGUAGCUCACCAAGAGAAGCGCCGAUCACUUACAGUUGGAGAAAGGAUGGUCAACCGUUAGAUCUGAAUUCUCGACAACCACCAUACCAGAUGGAUGCCGGUGAAUUGAUCAUCAGGUUCCCAGAGAAGAGCAAAGAUGAAGGAUUUUAUGAGUGUGUGGCAUCAAACGCUCAUGGCGUGGUUAUCGCCAGGCAUGCUAAUUUGACAUUUGCUUAUUCAGACCCAUUUGACCCGGCUCCACGGCCAUCUGUAUCUGGGAGUCAAGGCGAAGGUGCGGUGCUCCAAUGCCAGAAACCAGUAUCAUUUCCAGGCCUUAUUUUCUUCUGGGUGGAAUCAGGCUCGCUGGCCCCAGCCUUCGCAAGUACCGACCAGCGAGUGUAUGCGUCCAUAAGGACAGGGGAUUUGUACUUCGCCCGUGCAGAACCAAACGAUUCGGAAGACUACCAAUGUCUGGUGCGACUGGCUUUAGGCGAGAAGUCUCCCUUACAACACCUGAGCCCAACAGUCUCAUUCUCGGUUACAGCUCAAACCCCACCUCAAUCGGCUCCCUUCUUGGUUCUUAACGAGGGAAACUCCAUUUCGUCCAUGGCCCAUGCCACCGUCCUGAUGGAGGGUUUCGCCUAUGGGAACCCCAUACCGACCUUGUCGUGGCGGCGUGUGGAUGCACAAGGCAAUGUAGUUGCUAUGCCGCCGGCCGCUAGACUGACAAUGGAAAACUUCAACAGAGCUUUGACCAUCACUGAUAUCGAGGAGGCAGACGCAGGCUUCUAUGAGGUCACCGCUACCAACAGUUUGGGGACACGAUCACAGAGAACUCAACUCAUUGUCAAUAGAAGACCCGUGUUUUCAAAGGGUUUGUCCCAUAACAACUACCACCUGCUUCUGGGGGAGACGGUGACGUGGGAAGUCGCCUGGGAGAGCUCAGGGGCUGUGGACGUCUUCUGGCUGCAUAACACUAUGACACUGACAGAAGGAGGCAGGUACAGGAUGACGGAAACGGGAAAUACAGCGACACUUCAAAUCCGCGACGUGACUCAUGAAGAUAGCGGCACCUAUCAGUGCACAAUAACAAACAUGUACGGCAGGAAAACAAGCACAAGCUUCGCAGAACUUCGCGCAGGAGCUCCAUCCUAUGUGAGACACAUUAGACUGACAGAAAGUGGGAGCAAUUACGCUGUGCUAAGCUGGGUCGUACCCCAAGGCUUUGACAGCGAUGACAUAGGCGGGUAUCAGGUGCGGGCCAUACCAAAGAGUGGAGGAGACACAAGGACCAUUGAUGUUGGUUCUACGGAGACAACAGCACGGAUUGAUGGUUUGAAUGGUGUCUCCGGUGGUUACACAUACCAGGUCCGUGCAAAGAAUGAUAAAGGCACAUGGGGUCCAUGGACAACAUUUGGAGCUCCAUCCUAUGUGAGAAACAUGAGACUGACAGAAAGUGGGGACGGUUACGCUGUGCUAGGCUGGGACGUACCCCAAGACUUUGACAGUAGUACAAUAGGCGGGUAUCAGGCGCAGGCCACCCGGAAGAGUGGAGGAGACACAAAGACCAUUGAUGUUGGUCCUGGGGAGACAACAGCUCGUGUUGAUGGGUUGAAUGGCAACUCAGAUGGUUACACAUACCGGGUUCGUGCAAAGAAUGAUGAAGGUGCAUGGGGUCCAUGGACAAAAUUUGGAGAGGACCGUGGCGGAUCUGGUGUCAGAACUACAGGAUCCACCAACACUCUGCUGGCCUGGCUACUCCCACUGCUAUUUGUGCUCCUGCUGUUGCUGAUCCUACUGUGUUGUUGCUGCUGCCUAUGGCUGGGGUUGUGUGGAAAAUACUGCCCCUGCUGCACCUGUUGGACAAGGUGUUUUGGAGGACGUGGUACCGGUAAAUCAAAACCAGGACCUGGAUAUAUCGGACCAGCAGACAUGGAUAAACACCACCGAGAGAUGCUGAAAUUGUACCGACCUGACGCUGUUAAACACGUGAAACGUCCUGACCGGGUAGCUAUGCACCUGUCCUCCACAAACGCACUUCCGGACAGCGUGAUCAAGAACAUCACCAAUCAGCAUACCCAAGACGGGUAUAACAGGAAGAUUGUGGACAGCCUGACAAUGUAUGGAGAUAAUGAGGCCUUCAAUGGAUACUGCACUGCACUGAGGAAGGAUAAGCUGUACUGGCUGGCAGACACCUUGGAAGGGCGAGGACUGUCUGUGUACCGCCGGGAGCAGCUGAUGCAGCAUCAGUCUGUCCUGGUGGAGAGGAUGGACCCUGACAUAACACUGGCCCAUCUCUCCAAACGGAAGGUGUUCACCAGUGCCAUGACUGAGUAUGUAGCGAGUGCACACUCUCGCGAAGAGCAGAACAGACGCAUCAUCCAUCUGCUACAGUCUCGUAAUGACGAUGAAUUCUCCGUGUUCCUCGAUGCUCUCCGACAGAAUCAAAGCCAGGCUCACCUUGUGGAACCUUUUAUUCUGUCGGGCCAGAAGAAGCAGCAGUCACAGGUGCAAUGGAACGGUGUUGGCAAGAAGACAAUCUCAACAGUGUCGACAGGUGAGAAGGAGGCCUUCAUCAGCCAGCAAAGUAAGCAAACAACCGUAAACGGGGGUCUGUAUUUCACUGACGACACUUCUGGAAUGGUCAAUGGACAAGUAGUGAGGCUGUCUGUGUACCGACGGGAGCAGCUGAUGCAGCAUCAGUCCAUCCUGGUGGAGAGGAUGGACCCUGACAUAACACUGGCCCAUCUCUCCAAACGGAAGGUGUUCACCAGUGCCAUGACUGAGUAUGUAGCGAGUGCACACUCUCGCGAGGAGAAGAACAGACGCAUCAUCCAUCUGCUACAGUCUCGUAAUGACGAUCAAUUCUCAGUGUUCCUUGACGCUCUCCGACAGAAUCAAAGCCAGGCUCACCUUGUGGAGCUUUUUAAUGAGAGAGAGAUCUUCAUCAACCAGCAAAGUAAGCAAACAACCAUAAACAAGGGUCUGUUCUUCAGUGACGCUUCCAUCAAGUCAGGUGCUUCUGCAAUGGUUCAGAUUGGACAACCAGUUAUCCUGGAGGUCAAUGGAGAAGUUGAUGAUGCCCGUUGGUUGCUGAAUGAUGGACCCCUGCCUCAAAACAAAGGCAUCCACGUCCGUACGUCCGGUCGGACCCAAGAGCUGAAGAUAGAUGCCAUGACCCCUGACCUGGCAGGCACCUACACCUGCCAAGGUACCACACCAGAAGGCGCCAAGCUGUCAUGUGAUAUCAACAUCACGUCUAUGGAAUCCCAAAUGACACUGUAACUGCAUUUAAGUUUGCAGGUAUUUGAUUUUGCAGUAUAGGGAGCAAAUAGAGUGUUUGCUGUUUUUUUUAAGUUCACAGUUAAAACAAUUUUAGGUCUAGGUGGGCAGAAGACAGAACAAGCAUUUUUGCAGUGAAGUCACUGGGAACACACUAAAAACACUGCAAAUAUUUCUGUAUUUACAGUAGUUACAUUUGUAAAUACUCUCAGGUUAAAAGAUAGACAAUUCUAGAGAAUCAUUCUGAUGCGACCGAUGCUUACACUGCAAAAUAUUGUACUAUCCAAAUAUUAAGUGUCCAGCAACCUCAUAGCUUCCUUGAUUACUAAUUCUCCUAUUAGGCUAAAACAUUAAUAAGAUAAAGCUUAAUAUCAUAAGGCCAGGUUUCUAGCCAGGAUUUUAUUUUAGCGUAAUGGUAUUAGGAGGAUGAUGUGGAAGGGUGGUCUUGGCCCUUCCACAGUGAGAUUUUGAAAAUGUAAAACAUCGGCAUGAUAACGGUAUGCAUGAGGGGACUUAGUGUAACUCUGUUAGCAACACGUGUAAUUUGAAGGACUUUUUAGUCAGUUUGUAGUGACACAUUAUAAUUUUUCAUACUUGAUUAGACAUUUUUCGACAAGUAAAUGAUAGCAAAGUAGCACUGUCCAGGUAGUUGAAAAUUAGCAUAGUGGACCUCAUUAAUUUUAGCGUGGUGGUGGCAAAUUAUAGCAUAAAUACAGUAUGUGUACUAGAUGGUGGAAGGAAAACAAUCGUUAUUUGUACUUUUAGUGUAGCCCUACAAUGUAGAUGGCUACUUUGGAAAACUUACUUUUUCAAUAUUAUUUGAUGAUUAGUAGAGAAGAGAUGUUAUAUUAUGGGUUAGAAGGUUUUAAGUUACCAUCAUGAUGUUGUAUUUCCUACAUUAUAAUUGACAGCAGGGUUCUCACCAGGAUUUGUUUACAUCAAAGGGGGCAUCUUAGCGCAGCAAAGCCAUGUGGCAAGUGGUUCAGGUGUGAGCACUGUACAGGGGUCUAGGGGCAUCCUCCCCCGUGAAUGUGACACACACCUACACCUAAGACCUCAUUCACUCUCAAAAAGAACAAGCAGAUUUAACAUGAUUCUGAUCAAAAUUUUGCUAUCCAAUUUAAAAAAUGCAUUCACACCCAUUUUCAGACAAUCCGAUUACUUGCACACAAUCCAAGCUGAUUGCGAUUCCCCACCUGGCCUUUGACCCCAUUCACACUCAAAAAAACAAGUGGAUGAUCUGGAUACAAAUUUUGCAAUCUGGUUUAAAAGAAUGUCUUCACUCUAACUUGUUUUCCAGGCAUCAUUGAUAGGCACAAAAAUAAGUAAUGUGAGCAAAGCUGUCAGUGUGGCGUGUUUUGGCUCCCGGACUACGCAAACUUUGACUCCUUGUACCUGGAUAGAAAACUUCCAACUGGGGGCAAAUUGGAACUUUACUAUUACACCUUGCGCAGAUGGAUUGCAAACGAGGAGUCGGAUCAGUAAAAAUCUAAGCCGACUAGAGUGUUCACAUUAAAAAAAAUGGAGAAUUGCAGUUUAAUCAGAUUGCACAUUUAUCUGCUUGCUUUUUUUUUAAUGCAAACGAGGUCUAAGGCCCUGUUGAUGAUGAAAAAAAUCAAACGUUUCCAUUUGGCCUGACAGCAAAUGGUUUGCAUUUUGCGUAACUUUGCGAUGCAAACUUGCACCCACGAGCAAACCGUUUCAGUUCCUUGAAAAGGCAUGGUAAUGCAUGGUGAUAUGACCUCUGAGCUGCUGAGGUUGUUGUGAUUCUGCACUUACUAAUGCAUAUUAUUGGUCUUUGAUCGGAACUGAACGAAUGUCUUGAGGAAGCCACGUUCCUUCAUGGCUUUGGAAAUGUCACUUUUUGCUGUGAUGCCACCAACUAUGAAUGCAAGUGUCGGAUGUAAUCCGAAUCUACACCGCUCCUGCGUUCAUGAUGACAAUUCGCAAUUUAGGAUAACUAGAAACCAUUAAAGAUCCACCUCGCAAGGAGGUUUAAAAAAUCGGUUUGGGCAUUCAGGAUGACAAAUUCAUCCGUUUCAGCUUGCCAAGGGGAUAGAAUUGCUUCAUUUUUUGCAUCAUGAAUGGGACACUUUUUCCUCAUUUUGAGGGCCACAUUUUAUGAAAUAAGGGCAACACAUUUAUUACAAAACAACAGAGAAGUCCUCUACACUGGUUGAAGCCAGGGGUUCAAAUCACAGUGUAGAUGAUGCAAGUCACAACAUAUAGCCACCCCCAUUGAUUAGCUGCACUGGCGAGAACCGUGGACAGAAUAUAAUUAAGUAUUAUAUAAAGAAGUUAUGUCUUUAUGAAUUUUUGUUAGCUUGAUAUGCUCCACAUAUUGUGGAUAGUAAAUAUUUUAAAAUGAUUAGGAGUUCAAGUCUUAGCAAGGUCUUAGGAACCCUUCAAAAUCUACCUAGAACUUUAAGUGAUUAACAUGCAUGGUAGUUGAUAAGGUGAAAUACUGUACUGUGUGACUUUUUCUCGUUUAUCUUUUUUUAAUAAAGGGGCAAAUUUGGUUA